AUAUUAAUGUACAGAUAUUAAUACGAUAAUGAAUCGAUGGAAUCAGUGGACAAGGAUGUCCAUCUUCAUGGUCAUAACGUGCACAUCGCAUGCCUUUGCACAGUCUACUUCACCCACUUCAGGAUUAUGUGGUGGUAAACUAAGGGCUUCAAGCGGAACUAUAACAAGCCCUGGCUACCCUACAGCAGCAUAUAGCCAUAGUUUGACCUGUGCCUGGACUAUUGAAGCAACGCCAAAUCAAAUAAUAACAUUACGAGUGACGGAUCUUGCGCUAGAAUCCACGCAGAACUGCCUGUAUGACUUCCUCGACGUCUACAACGGUACCAGCAGCAACGCAACGAGAAUCCUUCACGUAUGCAACAGUGUAUCAACUAUAACAACGGUAACAAAAAGCAAAAUGUAUAUACUGUUCAGGUCUGACGAGUCAGUGUCCAGAAAAGGAUUUUCAGCUACUUACGAAAUAACCAACGCGGAAGAGUAG